AUGUCUCUCUGCAAAGUCUGUUCAAAGCUCAAUAUUGACCAGCUAGACGCCACAGAUGUUCGUUUUCACCCCAGUCUCAAGGCUCUCCAGCGAAGUGCCGCCGCGAAGUGUCCCUUCUGCACCCUGUGCUACACUCGUGUAAUGGAAGACAACCAUCAUACCGUCACCGACGCCCUUCUCAAUGAUCAGAUACCUCCAGGCUACGAGAAAGAGUCCUUUGUCCAGAGCAUCUGGCUCCAGGGCGAGGUGAGGCAAGGCAACCGCGGCGUCGGCGACCAAAUUCCAGGAUGUGCCAUCUGGAUCUCGUGCGGAAGAAUGCAUCCGGAUGCCGAUCUGGAAGAGACGAAUCGCCCCGGGAUGCCAUUUGCCUCGCGUCUAUCUCUUUUUGCAAGCCGUACAACGCCGGCAGCGCGCAAGUACAUCGAACGGUACAUAACUGCGAACCACGAUCCUGAUGUCUACAUGCAUCUUGCAAGUUGGCGUUUGAAAAAGUGCAAAGAUUCUCACAAGUUCUGCAAACCGAGGUCCUUGGAGAUGCCAACUCGCGUCAUUGCGGUCGGCAAGAACAAUGAAAAGCCGAAACUGAUAGUCACAAAUGGCCUUACAGAGCCAUACAUUGCUCUAUCGUAUUGCUGGGGUCCCGGGAUGGAUAACUUUAAGCUGACGCAUAAGACCAAAAAUGAGCUCUUGGAUGGCGUCGUCCAAGAAAAGCUGACCAGGGCUCACCAAGAGUCCAUCCGUUUUGCGCGUUCCCUUGGCAUUGAAUAUCUCUGGAUCGAUGCGCUUUGUAUCAUACAAGGCGAUGCCGAUGACUGGGCCUUGGAAUCGCAGCGCAUGGCACAUGUGUACGGUAAUGCGGCUUUGACAUCAUCGCUGGCCGUCCCUCCUUGCGCGUUGCCGCUUGGUCCAAACACGGAAGAUACUAUCAACGUCUGUCUUCCAAGAUCUGCUCUCGUCGGACCCGUGUCCACGCGAGGGUGGUGUUUCCAGGAAGAAAAGCUCUCAACUCGAUCCAUCGUAUUCGGUCAGGAGCAGAUCAUCUACCAAUGCCGCGAGGAGAAGAAUUGGGAAGAUGGGCAAGUCGAUUUUCAGGAUCUCAAGCCCACUUUCCUCACCCCUGGCUUCUCUACGGGCGCUCCUCACUCAGCGGCGGACAAAGAAACGACUCUUAUGAUGUGGUACGAGUUUGUCGACCUGUUCACAAUGAGGGCUCUAUCGAAUCCGCAUGACGUAUUCGAGGCCAUCGCAUCCAUCGCGAUUCUUGCGAAAGACGUGCUGAAAUCUCGCUAUCUCGCGGGCAUUUGGGAAGAAGAUCUUGUCAGAGGCUUGUUGUGGAAACCACGCAAUCAGGUGCACGCAUUUUUCAACACCUCAGUAACGCGCCCGAAACCAACUCCCUUUGCCCCAGCGCCGGUGAUCCGCGCGCCGUCGUGGUCUUGGGCGUCCGUCGAAGGCCCGUUUCGUCGCAUCUACAAUCCAAGGAAAUCGAAGCUAUUCCAAGACGGCAAUUACGUCAAGAUUAAGCCUAGGCUGGGGACCAGAUGGACAGCCGCAGAAGACUGCGACGUGACUGCCCUCCACAUGCCCUCUUGUACACUGCAGAUCUCGGGGCGUACUGCAAAGGCGACUCUGAUCAAGACGGGCAUUGUUGGAUGGUUUGAGGCAGAUAAGUCAAGAAAGCGGUGGCUUCCUUACAAGAAAAUGCUGAGCCACUCAGUCUUGCUCGUUUCAACCAAAAAUAAGUCAGAUCCAACAGGAAACGAAGACAAGGUCGUUGCUGUGGGGGCCUUUGAUGUGCCCGAGGAAGCAGAACAAUUCGAAGAGGUCUGGGGUCUUCCGCUGAUUGACAAAGAGGGUUUGAUGAUUGUCCCGCAUGAGGGAAAAUGGAAGCGGGCUGGGUGGUUCUGUUUAAGAGAUGACUCUUGGUUUGAGAAUAAGCCAGAGGUUGAGAUAGAUCUCGUCCAAUGUUGGACUUCCUCAGGCCAGCCAUGCCUCUACCUAUGAUAAACAGAAAGAUCUAUCUCAUUCAGUGACUGAACCGGCCCUCAUGAUCUCCUGCUGUCUCUUUUUUGCCUUUACCGAAGCCUUACGAGGGUUCUCUGCCUCGAAUACUUCAUCGAGCUCCUCUAGUGUGAACCCCUUUGUCUCGACGAAGAAGAAAUACAUGAACAGCAUUUCGAAACUGUCCCAGGCCACAAAGAAGACAUAAAACCAAUAGCCAAU